GGCAAUUUAACAGAGAUGGAGAGAGAAAGAGAAAGAGAAGCUGAGUGCAGAAGUGGAAAUAUGAAAAUAAAAGUAGAAGUAGAAGCAGAAGAAGAAGAGGAGCUCAGCCCUGGAAAGAGGCUAAAAUACGAGGAACCGGAAGAAGAAGAAGGAGAAGAGAGCGAUCUUCAUUUGGAGCUCGAAUCGUUUUUCUACCCCAUGAAUCCCAUGGCAUUUGUGGUCUCUGAUGCUCGAGAUUCUGAUUUUCCAAUCAUAUAUGUCAACAGUGUGUUCGAAAUCUUCACAGGUUACUGUGCCAAUGAAGUUCUUGGCCGGAACUGUCGGUUUUUACAGUUUAGAGAUCCACUUGCACAGAGGCCACUUCCUUCGGUAGAUAAAACAGUACUAUCUGAAAUCCGAAGAAGUCUUGAGGAAGGGGUUGAAUUCCAAGGUGAGCUCCUAAAUUUCAGGAAGGAUGGUACUCCUUUGGUGAAUAGGCUACAACUGAGGCCUAUACAUGGGGAUGAUGGCAUUAUAACACACAUCAUAGGUAUUCAAGCAUUCUCUGAAGCAAAUUCAACUUGAACUGUGUGAUGCAGUUUCACUAGCCUAGUUGAAGGAAAAACAAAGGCUCAAUUUGGAAGCCAAAGCCAAGGAAAACUAAGCUAAAUUUGGAUAUUAGUCCAGCAUGGGCAGUUGUAGUAUUUCUUCUUUUCAGUGAACUUAAAAUUUUAUAUUAUUAUGAGAUUACCUAAUGACAGUUGCUAUUAAAAUUUAUAUAUAUUCUGUUUAGGAAUCCAUUUUAGAGUCAUACUCUUGUCUUUUAAAGAGUCUAUACAUAUCAUGUAUUCCCCUUCACUUAACACAGUUUUUUAUGAAAGUUCUGUUACAUGUUACAA